AUGCAGGAAAGACGGGAUGCGGUUUGGCAGAGCUUGCGCUUCCUGAUCAGCCAGACACCCAGCACGCACACACUGAUCGUCGGGGGCGACUUUAAUGCCUCACUUAAGCCACUACCACCGUGGCUUGGACAAGGCAUGCUGGCUGCCAAGAAGAUCUCCCCGGAUGCCGAAGCUGUGGAAGGCCUACUUCGGGACUUUGACUUGCGUGCGUGCAACACCUUUGGCAGGACCAACAGCGCAACCUUCGUGCAGCGCACUCUUAAGGAGAGCAGGCGAUCGUUCAUCGACUACAUCCUCAUCAGGCGCGGCCGACAACAUGUUCUGCAAGCGGGACCCGUUCAGCAAUGUGAGGUGGGAAGAUGGCGGGGCGGAGGACGACAUACACCGCAAUUUGCCACCUUGCAGAUCCAGAGGUUUCGGACUCAGCGUGCACCGCCUGCGGCGGAGUGGCCUCGAUGGAAGUGUGCCUUGCUGCAGAAGGCAAUCGUGGAGCAGCCGACUUUAGGGCAAGACUUUGGCGAAUGUGUGCAGCGCUCCCUGAAGCAGGUGAAGGAGUACAAUGCAGUUUCGCUAAAUCAACUCCUGCUAGCUGCCGGGCGACAGGUCUUCAACAUCAAAAAGCCGAUGUCAUUGCCUCCGCCCUGGGAGGCCGAAGCGCACGCCGCUACCAUUAAGACCAUGUGGCAGCACUACCGAGCGAUGCGCACGCAGGCCCGCACCACCUGGGGAUCAGCUGCCCUGCCACAUGUGCUCAAGGCAUGGAUCCAUCACUUCCGCUUUGUUCGCAUGCACAAACUUGUUCAAAAGCAUAGCAGACGACUCCGACGGGAGAGGUUCCACACAUUGCUGGAGGAAGCCGAGGAACAGGACAAACAGGGGCGUCCACAAGCCAUCUUCGACAUACUGCGCAGGUUCACACCGAAACAACCACGACAACGCCGGCAUCUUCGAGACAAGGCGGGGAGGCUUCUUGAUCCGGUGGAAGAGGCCGAGGCGCUUGCUGCAUUCUGGAAGAGCGUGAACGGCACCACUACCCGCCCCGCGAAGGUCCAAUGCGAGAUCCAGUAUCACAUCACGUGGGAGGAGCUGGCUACAGAGUUGUUGCACCUCAAGGCGGGUAAGGCGGCCCCUGCGCACUUCGCUCCGCACAUCCUAUGGCAGCUUGCAACUCCGCAUCUUGCACAAUUUCUCAGUGAGCGUGUUCUACAGGCCUGGAGCACAGAUCACGUUAGCAUCGACCCCGCGUGGCCGUCAGCGUGGUUAGUCUUCCUUAAGAAGGCGGGGAAAAGCGGCGCUGAUCCAUCGCAUCUUCGUCCCAUCUCGCUUCUUGAGCCUCUGGGGAAAGCGGUCGCGGGAGUCUUGAAAAGGCACCUCCUGCCCUUUGUCACCGACCGGGUCAUGGAUUUACCGCUGUUCGGCUACUUGCCCAACCGCUCACCGAUACAGGCACUCGAGAUUGUCUACAGCCAUUGCAGCAGCGUCCGCUCUCGCGCCCAGGCCAGCAAGCGCUCCUUCUAUGCGCUCAAGCAGGGGCAUCAGGCGAUGGGACUACUCGGAGUACCCGAGGACUUGCAGGACAUCAUUUUGAAGUGGACGGCUGCCACCUCAUACCACAUCGUGCAGGACAGCAAUGACCAUCACUUCGGCUCAGACAAAGGAGUACGCCAAGGAUGUCGUCUGUCCCCUACGUUGUGGUUGUGCAUCAGUUUCGUCAUAGUUCAGAAGAUCGAGGCAGUGCUCGGCAACAAUUGGUGCCGUGAUCACUUGGUGGGAUUCGCCGAUGACACACACCUCAGGUGGGAAUUUUCAGAGGCGGAGCAACUCCAAGAUGCGCUUUCUCAGGCUGAUCAAGUCCUCAGCCUGCUUGAGUCGCUGGGCCUCACGCUCAACAAGGAGAAGAGCGUCUGUCUAUUAAAGAUUGCCGGGUCCCAGGCUCCUAGUCUUCAUCGCAAGCUUUCUCGCAAAACCGAGCAGGGGCACGAGCUACACAUUUCAGAGCGCUGGCAGCUGCCGUGGAGAUCUCAACAUGUUUACCUCGGUGCUUGCAUUUCUUAUGGUAACUAUGAACUGGAGAAUGCGCAACAUCGGGCUAAGGCAGGCAAGGCAGCUUAUGCCAGGCUACGGGGAGCUCUACAUACGCACGGCAUCCUGCCCUUGCGGAAACGGCUUGCACUCUGGCAACACAUGGUCGUCACAUCAACGCUGUACUCCAUUACCGCUUCAGGUCUCAACCGCAAAGCCUACGAUUUCUUGCGCGUUCUGCUCACCAAGCAGGCCAGAGCCAUCGCCAGGAGCCCCAGACACCUUGACUUGGAAAAUGAUGCGAAAUUCUGGGAACGAGUAGGCUUGGAGCCCGAACAGGCGAGCCAGCUCUUUCAAGAGACUUCGCAGGACCAGGCAACCGCAGACACACAUGUUUGUCCGGAAUGCAAUGCCAGCUUUGACUAUGCGGGGCUGCCACCGACAGCUCAGCUCUCCUAUCUGCAGCAGGCACAGAAUGGCACGAUCGACCAGAGCCUCGAGACCCUCGAGCAGGACAGUGACGUGCGUGCGGAGCUUAAGCGCAUCGAGCUGCCACUUUUCAGUGGAGGCGCAAGCAUGUCAGCCGAGUGCAGGCGCGUUGUGGAUUAUGCGGCGCAAGCACCACCAAAGGCUAUGACGACAGGCUUGGAGACUGAGCGGACUGAGCCGGGCAUCGUCAUGACCGAAGCCCUUCCCUCGAAAGAGUUUGACCAACAGGUGGAGACGGAGCUACGCACCAUGUUCGGGAUGCUACCAGAGCAGAAGCGGGUCCACGACGUGACGACGGAACAAGAGCAGGACAAGGAUCGACCAAACAAGGCAGCCAAGACGGACGACAACAACAACGGCAAGGGCAAGGGACACCGGCCGAAAGCCGGGCGGAGAGUGGGGGCCAACAACGGGUCGGGGGGAUCGCAGCGUUCUUUUCAGCGACAGGUGGGUGCGGACGAGCCGGAGGGCCUGAACGAGGGAAUGAUGCUCCUCAUGGCAAGGUUGCUACUUCGCCAGGACGAGGCCAUCACGGUCAUGAGACAGUCGACAGGCUUUGUGCUGUGGGUUCGGACAUCGCCAGCAGUGCUCCUCCCGAAAAUCGUGGGAGCCGCCAAGCUUUGGAAGGAGCGAGCUGCGAAGCCGGACAACCCCAUGUCCAUGACCAGCCUGCGCUCAACCCUGCUGUGGACCCUGCUGCAUCAGUGCGUGGUGUAUGUCGAGCAGGUCACCCGGGAAGCGGAGCCCAUGCAGCAUGCCACUCAGCAGGGUUGGCUCAACAGCUCAGGCCAAUGGGCGUACCAGGUGUGGGAUCACACCAACAAGGUGCUGAAGGUGGAUGGCGAGAAGGAGCCGAUGCACCACGAGGCUCUGCUGACGUUGCUCAAGGAGCUCAAAGCACUGGCGACGCAAGACACAAUCUCCAGAUUCCAUGCGACGAGACCCAUCCUAGGAGAGCUAAAGGGACCCCUGGUGACCUUUAUCCUGGACGUGUCAUUCAGGACGGCCGCUUCGAACGAGAUGUACAACAAGCUGUGUGGGGAUGAUGCGAGCUUUUUCAACAGGCAGGGCAUUGCAGCUUUGAAGACCAUUCUUGACCAUAGUGACAGACAGCACGACGCCGCAGAAUUCUACAGCUUUGUGGUCGCGGACUUAACGCAUGAAACCGAGCUUGGCAACUGCAUUCAGCCGCCACAGAUCCUUGUGAUUCGCUUCGCACGUGAGGCUGCACAUGCCAGCAUUCACAGGCCCUUCCUUUUGCCUAUCGCGCUGGUUGCAAACAUAGCUCACGUGAGGUCUACUUGCUCUUCUGUAGACGAGCACCCGAUGAUGAAGUUGCAGACGUUUUCUGAGUGCUUUCACGCCGUGUGA